AUGGCUUAUCCCAACACCGAUGACGAUUUAAGUAUCAUCCCCGUCCCCGCCACCGCCGCCACCUUCAAGUCCACCCUAUUCCCCAACAACCGAGCCCCGAAGCCGGAAAGCCGUCCGACGCCGACAGACGAACACUACGAUACUUCCGCUGAGGGCUUCAAGGCUUCCACCACCUCCGUCGAGCCGAUCAGCAGAAUCCGGCCGGCCCAUCCUCGGCUGCAGCUGCGGGCUGAAGCACUAAGCCUGGGUGAGGGCUCUAGUAUGCCUUUCACUACGGGAAACACGGCCAACACGACCGUUGCAGCCACCGCCAACAAUAUCAACGACAACCUGUUUCUAUUUCCGAAACGUUCUUGGGUGACCGGAAGCGGCGCUUCGGCCUCGAGCUCGACGACCAGCACUCGCCACUGGCCCAACACUCUCAAUGCUCCUACCAUAUCCGGUGACUUCAAUAUCUGUGCUCCAUCAUCCCCCGAAGCAAGUCCCAUCUUCAGCCAGGACACGCACCACCAAUGGCAGAUGGGUAUUCCGCCGACGUUCUUCGAUGACGACGAGGACGACGCCAGUGACAUCAAUGACGCCAACAGGUACACGUCUGGAAAGGGCACUCCAGUGUCUCCCGCCUUUCACCCCCGCCUCGAGGGCGUGUACUACGCCUCGCCCGAUCCCGCCAUUCCCCCCGUCGUCUACCAGAACAUCUGCAUGUCGCCCGAGUGGACGGGCAUGUCGAUGGAGGAGCUGAGAAUGGCCGACUACAAGGCUGGCUGGAAGUUUCCCGAAAUGAAGUGGAGGUAUGGCAAGGGGAACUUAUGUAAGUACCUUACCAAUAUCUUGGGCGACGAGGAAUGUAGCGGCAUAUAUACUUAG